AUGAAGAAUUACUACCAGCAACACAAAAAGGAGAUACAAAAACAUUCUAGGAAUUACUACCAAAAUAAUAAAGAAAAGAAGCUACAAUAUAAGAAAAAUUACUAUCAGAAGAAUAGAGAUAGAAUAUCUCAAUAUAAACGAAAGUACAAGCAAGAUAAUAAAGAUAAGACUUGCGAAUAUAAACGAAAAUACUAUCUAAAGAAGAAAAAGGAACGAGAAACCCUACAAAAAGAUAGGUCGGAAUUGGGAAACAUACAACAUGAUAAUAAUGAAGGAACUUCUUCUGUUACUCCACAAAACGAUGAGUUUAUUAGAAAGGGCACUACAGGAAAUAAUGAGGAUGAAAAAAAGUUAGCGAUAAAAGAAUAUAAUAAGAAUUACUAUCAAAAGAAUAAGGAAAAGAUCCGUGAAUCUAGUAUGGAUAAGAAGGAAAAGAGAAGAGAAUAUAAUAAAAUAUAUUAUUUAAAAAGAAAAAAUCAAAAAGAAAAUUCACAGAAUGAUAAUUAUAUCAAUAAAGGCAAAUCGCCAAUUGAAAUUAACGAGAAUGUUCAGAUAAAUAAUAAGGAAGGAAAUGAUAAUAUUGAAGGAAAUUCAUGCGCUAAUCAACAGCCGGAUGAGGGUGCACUAAAUAAUUUCAACAACCAGGAACAAGUAAAUGUCCAAGAAUUAGAUGAUGGGCAUUCAAUUCCACAAAUGGGCGAAAUGAAUGAUUUAGAAUAUAUUAAAUUUUUGAAUGAUCUAAACUUUUUGGAUAAUCAGAAUUUUUUAUUUUGA